UGCUUCGUAAACAAACAAAAAAAAAAGGGAAAAAAUAAAGGAGCUGCUCACCGCGGUCCAGGGAAAAGAAAUAAUAUUUAAAAAACAAUAAUAAUAAUAAUAAUAAUAUUAAAAAAUAAAACAAAAAACAUAUAUGUCGAAGGACAAAGCCCCUUUUCUCAAAGAUGCUCUACUUCUGGCCAGGUCGCUCCCGUGACGGAAAUGGAGAUGGAGAUCACGAUGGCAAUGGCGGUGGAGAUGGAGAUGAAGAUGGAGAUGGAGAUGAAGAUGGAGAUGGAGAUGGCGGUGGAGAUGGAGAUGGAGAUGGAGGAUGAGAUGGAGAUGGAGAUGGAGGAUGAGAUGGAGAUGGAGAUGGAGGAUGAGAUGGAGAUGGAGAUGGAGAUGGAGAUGGAGACGGCAAACUCUCUCCCCCCGUUUUCUUCUCCUCCAUAAUAGUCUUAGGGCAUACUCACACAAGGACCUUUUACACUGACCUCUGGACGUGAUUGCUGUCAGAUGCAUCCAGGUCU